AUGGAGCAAAAUUUGCCAGUGAUCACCAAAAGAGUGUGGAGCAUUGUGAGGGCACUUCUUUUCAUGAUGAGAAAAGGGAUUUUCUCAAAGAAAAAGUUCAUGGUUGAUCUCAACAUGGUGCUUAAACGUGGCAAAAUCGCCGGCGCCAAAGCCAUUGGCAACCUCAUGUUCCACCAUCACCACCGCCAAGUCUCACCCAAGUGUUCCAUGGAUGUGUCCACGGCGGCGGUGGCCAAAGCAGCAGUCCAAGAGUACGAGUUCAGCUGCAGCAACACCCCCAACUACACCUUCCCUUUCAACCUCGCCGCCAAGAAGAAGAACGGCGGCAUUCACAACUACUACCACCACUUCUUCGGGUGCGCCCAUGCUCCUCCUACCCACGAAGACGACAUGGUGACCAUGAACGCCGUGAAGGUUGUCUUGGAGAUGCUUAACAACAACGACAACACCAUGAUGGAAGCUACUGUUGCUGCAUCCCCUAUGUUACCAGGGUUCGGACAAACCCCAUUGGCCAGGCAACUUAGGAUAACCGACUCCCCAUUUCCGUUAAGGGAUGUUGAUGAAGACAACGGCUACGUAGACAAAGCUGCGGAGGAUUUCAUUAACAGGUUUUACAAGAAUUUAAGGCAGCAAGAUAAGAGACUGUCCGAGUUGUAA